AUGAGUGCAACGAUUUCUUUCGGGUUUAAGAAGAAAGCAGAGAAAAGGAAGUUGGAAGAUUCCAAACUAAGGGAUGAGGCCACUCGAGAUGAGAAGGAAGAGGUAGAUAUCGUCCAAGGCUUUGAGGCAGGUGUCAUCCAGAGUACAGUGAAGAAAGAGGUAAAGAAACUAGUCAUCCCACUUGGCGAGGAGCUGAAAGGGACAUUUUGGGCAAGGCUGAAGGAGAAGAAAGAUGAGCGGAAAGAAAAGAUCAAUGCCAAGGACAAUGUAUCAUCACAGGCCCAACUUGAUCAACCACCACCCUCCCAAGAUGAAUUGGAAAAUUUGGCUGUGAAGGAGAUCAUUGGAGACACAAGAAAUGCACAAGAGAUGUGGGAGAAGCGUGGUGAAAAAGGCAGCCUUGGGAUUAUCAUCUCCCAAAAUGAGGACAUUUCUGAGUCUAAUUCCAAUCUUGGAAAAGAGGCUAGCUUGGAGGAUUAUGAAGAUGUUCCAAUAGAUGAAUUUGGUAUGGCCAUGCUACGUGGCAUGGGUCUCAAGGAUGAAGAUGUUAAGAAAUCCUCAGAGAUUGGCAUAGGAUUUGACCCAUGGCCUGUUGGCUUGGGAUUGGGUGCUACUCGGAAGGCAGUGAAGGACCCUAAGGGGGUAGAGGAGAGAGAUGAUCCUCCAGCUGAAUUGAAAAAAGGGAUAAAUGUCUGCAUUCUUCAAGGACCUCAUCGAGGACUGUAUGGCCAGGUGGAAGGGUUGGAUCCAGAUACAGCAAGAGUGAUAGUGAAAUUAGCUAUCAGUGGGUCUGUUGAAACCAUAAGUGAAUUGGCUGUAAAAAUUGUGGGAAGCAAAGAGUAUCGGGAGAGCUCCAAAAUCCUCAACAAGGAGAAGUAUGACAAGUACAAAUCAUCUCAAGCCUUGCAGAAUGGAAACAACAUUUCACCCCAAAAUGGUCAAACAAAAGACCAGAAAGAGGAAGAGAAGAAAAUUAAAAUAUGGGUCCGACCACAUCUCCGAGUGCGUCUUGUCGACUCAGUGUACAAACGCGGCAAAUACUACAAAGAGAAAGUGACAGUGACUGAUGUUCCUGCCCCUGACAUAUGUACAUGUAAAACCAAGGAUGGAAAGUUGUUGGAGGAUGUAUCACCUAGCAUGCUAGAAACAGUUAUACCACGAGGAGAUGAGCCUUUAGUCAUGAUUCUCAGGGGUAAAUAUGAUGGACAGAUUGGGGUGUUGGAAGAGAAGGACAAGAGACGCUGUGUGGCUACUCUGCGAAUUUGGGGUCGCAGCAAGGUUGUUCAUUUGGACUAUGAUGAUGUUUGUGAGUUUGUGGGUGAUCCAGCUCUCCUCAACAGGAUCUGAUUUUAUUUAUUUUUCUCAAUUCCACUUUUAAUAAAUACUUUUUUUUACAACACUGAA